CGCCCCGGUGCGUCACCGGCGUCUCCGUCCCGGCGCAGGGGAGCACGCGUUCCCUAUUCCUGUGCAAGUUCUCGCGGGAGUCGCGGCUGUCUGCCCCCCUUAGUGAGGACACUAGUCCCGAGGCGUAGUUGCUGGCCAAGUCAGCCAGCGGUUGGGGUCGACCCAGCCGUUGGAGCGCGAUACGCCCGGGCCGCGCGGCGUUUCUGAGACCUACGCCGGCCUGGAGGCUACUGCGCGCUCCGGCCCGGCCCGUGGGUCCAAGGGCCGCUGGACGCGCGGUAAGAACUUGGCCGACCUUGGCCCCGGGCCGGGUCGCCGUCGCGGGGGUGGGGACUCGUCGUUGAGGGCGCAAGGUGGUGCAUCUGGCUGGCCAUUUGCGCUUCGUGAGACCCCCCCCCCCCCCCGCGCACUCUGCCCUGGCGUCCGCCGAGCACCUCUGGGCAAAAGUUUCUCCCCGGCCCAGGACUGCCGGGGCGAGAUCCCUUCUCGGAGCAGAGCGGGUCUGCCGAGAGACCGCACGUAAAGAGGCGUGCACGGCCAGUGCAGACGGGGCUGCGGCCGCGCCGAGGUGUGAAGACCCAGGAAAGAAAAUCUCAUGCUCCUGGAAAUGGCCUGAUAUGAAGUCACACCUCCAGCUCUCCCUGUGGGUGCCUUGUCCUUCAGGUGCAGAAGCUGGCUGAAACAUCAGGAAUGGAAGCCAAUGUGACUAUCCCAAUCUGGCAAAACAAGCCACAUGGGGCUGCUCGCAGUGUGGUAAGAAGAAUUGGGACCAAUCUCCCCCUGAAGCCCUGUCCACGGGCAUCCUUUGAGACCCUGCCCAACAUCUCUGAUCUGUGUUUGAAAGAUGUACCUCCAGUCCCUACUCUGGCUGACAUUGCCUGGAUUGCUGCAGAUGAAGAGGAAACAUAUGCUCGGGUCAGGAGUGAUACACGCCCUCUGAGACAUACCUGGAAGCCUAGCCCUCUGAUUGUCAUGCAGCGGAAUGCCUCAGUGCCCAAUCUGCGUGGGUCCGAGGAGAGGCUUCUGGCGCUGAAGAAGCCAGCGCUGCCUGCCCUAAGCCGCACCACUGAGCUGCAGGAUGAGCUAAGCCACCUGCGCAGCCAGAUUGCUAAGAUAGUGGCAGCAGAUGCAGCUUCGGCUUCAUUAACGCCAGAUUUCUUAUCUCCAGGAAGUUCAAAUGUCUCUUCUCCUUUGCCUUGCUUUGGAUCCUCAUUCCACUCUACAACUUCCUUUGUCAUUAGUGACAUCACCGAGGAGUCUGAGGUUGAGGUCCCUGAGCUUCCAACAAUCCCCCUGCUUUGUUCUGCCAGCCCUGAGUGCUGCAAACCAGAACACAAAACUACCUGCAGUUCAUCUGAAGAGGAUGACUGCAUCUCUCUGUCCAAGGCCAGCAGCUUUGCAGACAUGAUGGGCAUCCUAAAGGAUUUUCAUCGGAUAAAGCAGAGCCAAGACCUGAGUCGGAGUUUACUGAAGGAAGAAGACCCUGCUGUCCUUAUUUCUGAAGUCCUUAGGAGGAAGUUUGCCCUAAAGGAAGAAGACAUCAGUAGAAAAGGAAACUGACAGCACUGACUGCAAACUCGGUCUCUUGCUCCUGAACUCCUUCAAUAGCUGCCUUCCUCACCGCAGAUGUCUUUCUCAGAGAUCUGCAACAGUCUUGCUGACUAGGGCUUGGGCUGGAAGAGAAGAGCUGGAUUAUGUGUUACCUGCACUUAGACCUUGGCAGAAGCUAAGGUCUAUAGUUUUUUGCGAAGAGGCAUUUGUUACAGAUAAUUGGGUAGAGUGGAAUAUCUCUGCUUAAGGGGUGAAGUUUGUUUUUUCCUGUCUCUGAAAACCAAGCCCUCAAUGAACGACUUAAUUAACUCACUGCAUUAGACUCCAUAAUUGGUCUCACUGGACACGCUGUGCACAGCUGUCGCUCUAAGCAGCUUCCCCGCAGCACCAUUGGGCUAAGGGGGAGCAGGUGUUUAUGUUCAUGUUCACAGGAAGGUCUUGUGCUGCUCCAUCAUAGACCUGCACCAGUGCCCGGCAGUCACACACACCCCUCUUUCCUCUAGCUACAGUGGUCAGGCCACUGGACCAGCCAACAUCUGGGCUGCUGCAGGGAGGCCUGGCCUAUUUUUCUUAAACAUAUUUUAUAAAACUACAACCUGAUCUACCCUCCAGGGCCUCCUUAGUUCCAUUGAUUGAAAUUUUUUUCUUCCAUGGACUUACUAAGUCCAUCUAGGAAAAGAAAUGAGGAGAGAAAAAGAACACACCAUCCUUCUAGGACAAUGGCUGAUUUCUCUGGGUUGGGCCAAGAUUUUAUUUACUGCAUCAUGCAUGACUCAGGUGCCCUCAGGGCCCUUUUCUCUAUGGUAUGAAUACUAUGUGUUUGAGUUGAAGCAUUACCUGAUAUUAAAUGAAGGAUUUGGAGAAAUGGUA